AUCAUUGAUGAAGAGGACACCCAGUUCAUGAUCAACUGUCCCCCGGCGGUGACAGAGAGUACCCCUCGGAGACGCACCAGGAUCCAGGUGUUCUGGACAGCCCCCCCCAGCGCCUCUGGUUGUGUCACCCUCAAGUAGGUACCUGUACUUGGGGCUCUCUGAAGAACCCUAAAGUAAGGAUCUAUAUGGCUGCGUCCCCAAUAUCCACCCCUCUUCUGAAGUGUGCACUUGUCUUGCACACUCCCCGGUAUGGAUUCAACAACGGUGGAAACUCCCUCCAGCCAAUGCUUACAUCAAUCCAAUGUGCAAGUGCACACUUUGGGAGUAGUGUGGAGAAUUGGGAUGCAGCCAUAUGUGGUCACCACCCAUGGUACUGGAGAGCUACUGUGCUUAGAGGCUUUUGUUCUAGACCAAAGGCAAUAUUAUCUGAUUCAACUAAUCAAUGUUUUGAUGGCUUGGUGAUUAGUUUAUCCAGGUGUGUUAGUGCUGGGCUGGAACAAAACAUUCACAACCUUUAGCUUGUGUAGAGCACCAGAGUUGGUGACCAUACUAUGACGCAAAUCCAAUUGAGCUGUGGCAGUGUGUGGUUGAUUGUAUACUGUGAAUAAGGAGCUGUAUGUGGACCCUACCCCUCAGGCAUGAUUAGAGACAGUAUGGUUCUCACAUGUUCCCUAUUACUGUACAUGUAAAGUUAUUACUGUAGUCCACUCCAUCAAAACACCCCUCCUCCCAAACCCAGCCUAAAGGUUUCACACAGAAUAUAGUAUCAAUGUUUCAUCCAGAAUUUAUGUUGCAUAAUUAAUUCAUAAUUACAAGAUUAGCUGCAAUGGCUUGUGGUGAAGGUAAUUGAUUCCUUUGCCGUGUCGUGUGCCUCCAGGGCUUGUUUAGGUACAGUAUGUGUUAGUUACCUGUACCAAACAUAGAUCACAGUACACUCCCAUGCAUUGAGGUGGGAUCUUGUUUGAGAGAGAGAGAGAGAGAGAGAGAGAGAGAGAGAGAGAGAGAGAGAGAGAGAGAGAGAGAGAGAGAGAGAAGGAGGAGAGUGGGUCACAGAUGUCAAUUCAGCAUCUAUUCCACAUUCAAUUCAUUGAAUUUGACGUUGAUUCAACCAGUGUGUGCCCAGUGGGGGGAGAAGAGAGAGAGCUACAAAGAAGAGAGAGAGGAACAGAAACAUAGGGGUUGUGCCCUACAUGGCAUGCUAAUGUCUGCAUUAUUAAAGUUCAGUUGGCCUGUCACUUUCUCUCCUGCCCCGUUUAAAUCUCUCCCUGUGCCGUCGUUAUGUGUGUAGGGGCGUAAAAAAGGCUUGCAUUUCUUAUUAAUGUGCGUUAUUAUGUGCUUGUCGAAGUGAGUGAUGAGAUUUCCUUGCCUCCGUCUCUGUCUCUGAACUCCCCCUUUCUUUGGCUUUCUUUCUCCCUCUCAACUCUCUCACUCAGUCUUCUCUCUCCUGUUGGUUUCUCUCUCUACUACACACCCUUUUCAUUCCUUCCCCUUUCUCUCUCCUUUUCCUCUUCACUCUUUCUGCCUUUCUCAACCAGGGCGUAGGUGUGUUGUUCCCACAGCAGACUAACCAGGCAGGCAGGCAUCUUCUAAUACUUUACCUCUCAGCUAUCUUAUAUCUAUUGAGAGAACGGAGGUGAGACAGAGAGCGGGGGACAGAGGCAGAGAAAGAGAAUGAAGGAGAGAGAUAAUACAAGAGGAAAAGUGAUCAGUAUAGAACAGAUGAAUGGACAGAAUUUGAAAGAUAGUGGCUGCAUGUGAGAUGAGGAGAGAGCGAGAUAUGGUUACUUGUGGAGGUUGUGGAGUGGGGAUGUGAUACCAAGGUACGUCCAGUGGGGAAGGUUGUUUUUCACUGUAGAGUGAUGACACCAGGCGAGGAGAGGUUUAUAGUUGAAAGGGAAAUGUCUUUGCAAACUCAGAAGUUUAAUUACUGGGUGAUCACUCUUAUUAAAGUUUUGUCAGUGAAGUGGGGCGGGUGCACCCCCAAACGUCAUACUGCCAGAUUAUUAUUCAGAAGCUGUUGUAUAUCGCUAGCUAGAGCCCAAGCAGCAACAGCCUCUGUUCCCUCUCUUCCUAAACAAAUGCAAACACAUGUUAGUCAUAUACACACACACACACAACACACACAUUCCUGCACAUAUGCAUGCACGCAUGGACGCACACACACAGGCACACAGGAGCACACACACACACAGACACAGACACAGACACAGACACACGCACGCAGGCAGCAUUGAAUCUGAAAUGGUUGAAUAUAGUGUGGCGUUUACGGGUUUCCCGAACUUUUUCCGUGACUUUACUAGCUUAAAUAACAAAUGGACGGGGAGGGAAAUACGGUUAAUGCCACCAGGCGUUUUAAUGUUACACUACAUGGGGUAAUGGAGAACUGCAUAAAACAAUCAACCUUGCCUGAACUAGCUAGCCAUAAAUAACAGUACAGCAGGAGGUAUCUCCCCACUAGUUAUAUCCCCACAAACCCAUGAGCGGCUCCCACCUUUUCUAUUACCAUGACAACCCCAUAAACAAUGAACGUGACUGGUGCUGCCAGCCUGGUGCUGCCAGCCCACCCUACCCCCUGAGGGUCGCUACAAUAGUAUUUGUUUCAUCAGAGAGUGGGGGAUUUCAUUAUUAAUACAAGCAGAGGAAUGUUUGUUUUUCAUUUCAACGCUCUCAGCCUGCUUGUCUGCCUACUUGUCAAAUAACCUGGUUAGCUCCGACAGCAACACCUCUGGCUAUAACUAUUAUGGAAAUACAGACUGUGCAUGUGUCUGGUGCCUGUGUGUGUGUCUGUUUGUGUUUACGUGUACGUGUGCAUGUGCGUUUGUGUGAGUGUGUGAGUGUGUGUUAUGCAACAUAUGUAGAUGUGUACUGUAUGUGUAUUACCGUGUAUAUUGUCAUCAUUGCCCAGUGUGCCUGUGUGGAACGUGAUCAGUUGAGGGCAACAUCAGAGUUUUUGAGAGCUCCUCUAGUGCUUUGGGUAGAAAGGCAGUGGUGUGACGGCCUCUCUUCCCUGAUGGUUAGCUGUAAUUGAGGAGUAGCUGCUGUCUCCUGGUGGCUGGAAACAGUGAGUGUGGUGGUUUGGUCUGGCUCACCAUGAUUAUGGGGGUCAAAAAGGGAUGGACGUUUGUCUGAUUUCUGGACCACACUCUCUGUAGAAUCUUUAUAUUUUUGUUCAUUUAUACAGAAAAAGUCUUUUUUUUCAGGCUCAAACACACACACACACACGUGCACGCACACACACAUAAAUGCAUGCACACGGACACAAACGUGUGCGCACACACGCAUGCACACACAAACACACACACACACACACCUACCCACCACACACACCGGAGCGCUUUUGAGGCGAUAACCAUCGGCGGUGUGGAGCCAGGAAAGUGAAUCUGGCUUUAAUAGCAUAUCAUUGAUAGAAUUUAAAUUGGAUGUUAAAUAAGCAUUACUGUGCCUGAUUGUCUGGCCGGCCCCAGAAGGUGGGCAGCCAGUAAGGCAGUGUGUGAGCGGCUCGCUCAGGGAGAGAUAUCUGAAAUUGGGGUGAGAUUGAAUUAAAGUGUGAACAAUUAGAGAUAUGCUGGCGGUGCGUUUAGGAGCGCCUGGGGUGGGGUACCCCUGUUACCUCUGUACCUCUAGGUACACCCCUUAGACAGGGUUCUUCCUGUCCAGCUACUAUCCCUUCCAAACCCAUUCCUCGUUUUCGGAUGGGAUCUGUUGUGUUUAUGCUUUGUGAAAUAGAAGAUUUGGGACAAAAGCUUUUCAUUUUCUUCUCUUCUUUUUUAUCUCUCUCUGCUCCCUCUCUCUCCUCUCUCUUUUCUCUCUUUCUCUGUCUCUGUCUCGCUGUGUGCCUUGGUGAGUAAAAGUAGCAAAAAAAACAAAAGCGAGAGAGGGUGAGAAAAAUAUAGAUGGAGAGAGAGUUGUGUUAUGUUAAUAGGGGCAUAUAGCUGUCACUCCCUGUCACUGUAGAGAUACUGUCCCUUCUCUGUCCGGCCUGCCUGACAAAGCCUGUAAAAAAGCCUCCUCUGCCACUGGUCCAGCCCUUAGAUCAUCAAACAUAAUCCCCCUGACAGCCUGCUCUGGAGACGGGCUGGAGAAAGACAGGAGCGUGGUAGGAGGUUUGCUUGGAGAAUAGGUUGAAAUCAAAUCAGAAUUGAGAGAUAAUGUAGUGUUCCAAAGCAGUGUCCUUCAAGGAUAAGCAGGACCAUAACAAAUGAAUGAUUUGUCUUCUUUGUGUCUCUCUUUCUUCGUGCCAUUUCUCCUCCUCACUACCACUGCUUCCUGAGAUGAGCAUAUACUACACCUCUCUGUCUUUAUUUCAUUUUUAACCCCUUUUUCUCCACAAUUGGUAGUUACAGUCUUGUCCCAUCGCUGCAACUCCCCUACGGACUCGGGAAAGGCGAAGGUCGAGAGAAACACGACCCUGCCAAGCCGCACUGCUUCUUGACACACUGCUCGCUUAACCCGGAAGCCAGCCGCACCAAUGUGUCGGAGGAAACACUGUCCAGCUGGUGACCGAAGUCAGCUUGCAGGCGCACAGCCCGCCACAAGGAGUCGCUAGAGCGUGAUGGGAUGAGAAAAUCCCGGCCAGCCAAACCCUCCCCUAACCCGGACAAUGCUGGGCCAAUUGUGCACCGCCUCAUGGGUCUCCCGGUCCCGGCAGGCUGUGACACAGCCUGGGAUCGAACCCGGGUCUGUAGUGAUGCCUCAAGCACUGCGAUGCAGUGCCUUAGACCGCCGCGCCACUCGGGAGGCCCAACCUCUCUGUCUUAUACCUGUCCUCUUCUACAUCUACAUCUCCUCUCUCUCUUCUCCCUCCCUCCCUCUCUCUCUCUCUCUCUCUUUAUUUUUGUGACUGUGGGAGAGGACAAUGACAGCAGUGGGCUCGGCCCAGCUCGGACUCCUGCUCCAUAAAUAGUCCAGCUGGACAGGAACCACCUGGACCAGAACCAGACAGUCCAGAGCCUAGAACCUAGCACCCUGCUGCUACCCUCUGCCCACUAUCACCAUGGAAACCUGCAGCCUGUUGUGGGUAGCCAGGUCUGUUGUAAUGCAUGGCACCUGAACGGAGUUUGUUAGUGACAGCUUUUGGGCCCUGAAAGUAAUUUGUUUGCGAUCGUUUCUGGCCCUCACGCCGGCCCACUUCUGGCCCUUGAAUGGGUUUGUUUGUGUCUGAUUUGCAUGUCAAGGCCCCACUAAGACCUGUGUCCCCCCAGAACUCAGUGGCUCUGCCCUCAGACAGCUCUAUCAGAACAGUCUCUCUGCCAGGACCAGGAGCAGGACUUUAGCUCGGAAACUUCACUGUUGGCCUGUCACUCAGUCUUAUCUCUGACACACUGUGGUUCCUCUCGCCUGAGUGUGUGUGUGUGUGUGUGUGUGUGUGUGUGUGUGUGUGUGUGUGUGUUUGUGUGCUCUCUCACUCUUGAUCGUUUCUCAAAAGGGAGGCUUACUUUCUGUCUUUUUUCACUCCUUUUUCUCUUUCUCUCUAGGUUUUCAAUCUCUUUUCCGAUCUUUAUGUUAAUAAGUACUUUCUGUAAGAGCUAGCAAAUCCCUCCGGUCUGAGAGUGCUUGUGAUUCAGCUCCCCUGUGUGCUCUAGUAGCUGAUCUCAGACCUGUCUGGAGGUAUAGGAACAUGUUGAUGAAUAACACAGCACCUGCUCUAGUAGCUGAUCUCAGACCUGUCUGGAAGCACAGGAACAUGUUGAUGAAUAACACAGCAUCUGCUCUAGUAGCUGAUCUCAAACCUGUCUGGAAGCACAGGAACAUGUUGAUGAAUAACACAGCACCUGCUCUAGUAGCUGAUCUCAGACCUGUCUGGAAGCACAGGAACAUGUUGAUGAAUAACACAGCACCUGCUCUAGUAGCUGAUCUCAGACCUGUCUGGAAUCACGUUAACAUAUUGAUGAAUAACACAGCACCUGCUCUAGUAGCUGACCUCAGACAUGUCCUCCCAAGGUUUUAUUAAUUCAGACACUCAACAUUCAUCCUGAGUUCACCAUUACUCCCAAUGCUCCCUGGUGACUCCCUGUGCUAAAAGUACUGUAUGAGUGUUUAACUCUAUUCUCUUUUUCUCAUCUCCUGCUUCUUUCCUCCCUUAUUCCACCUGAUCUCCACUUUAUCCUCAUCUUUUCAUCUCCUUUCUCUUACCCUGAAACUCCCUCUUCUCCUCUCACCUCAUCCCCUCAUCCUCCCCUCCUCCCCCCUUCCUCCUCCCCCCUCCUUCUUUCUCUGCAGGGCCAGCAUUGUCCAGAAGAGGAUCAUCUACUUCCAGGAUGAAGGCUCUCUCACCAAGAGGAUGUGUGAAAAAGGUAUGUCCUCCAUUACUGAUACGCAAUAAAAAGGGCGCUACAUAUCUUCCACUCCUCUCUCUCCCUUACUAUAUCUCAAUAUCUCCUGUCUUACUCUCUCUUCCCUUACUAGGUCUGGAUCUUUACGCUUGUGCUGUAUCUCCCAAGCUGUGCCUGACAUUGGAUAGCGAACUUACGGAGACUGAUCAAAAGAACAGCUUUACACCUCCCUCCCGCCAUCCCUCCCACCCUCCCUCACCCCUACCCCUCCCUCACUCACCUCUCCCCCUACCAUCCCCCUCCCUCCCUUCCUCUAUCUCUUCACCACAUCAUCAUAUAAAUAACCAGGCAAAAUCAGGAGCCUAUAUCCAUCCUCUCCUCUCCAUCUGAGCCAACCACACAGUUGUGGAAGAAAUUGGACAUCUAAGGCAACUGCACUUCUCAUAUUUCUCAACUCAGUGACCUUCUCAUAGCGACUCUGUAGCAUGUAUUUAUUUUCAAAAGACAGCUCAAUAUGAAAGCCCAAUAUAUCUUGUUUCCCCUCAUUCUGUUGCUUCAAACCACAGUAAAUAAGCCCAUCUCCUCUCCUCUCCUGUGUCCCCUACCUAUAACAACCCUAUACCUCUCUCUGCUGUCAAACUCUCUCUCCUCCAUCAACCUCUAUCUCUCUCUCUCUCUCUCUCACUCUCUCUUCUCUCCCUUCUCAGAGUCGUUGUAUGGGGAGACCACAGAGAGGCCUCUGCUGGAUUGCUGUGCCUGUGGAACGGCCAAGUACAGAGUCACCUUCUACGGCAACUGGUCAGAGAAGGUGCACCCCAAAGACUACCCUCGUAAGUACCCCAUAACAACUUCCAAAUUACCCAGGUACAUACCCCAUUUAAUCCCUGAAAGACUACUUUAGUAGUGUCCAAUUCACCCCAGGGCUUCCCUAGUUGGUGCCUCCAUUGCCUCAAAAAUACCCCUUUACAAAAAAAGUUGCCCUACUGUUCAAGUACCCAGCAUCACAGUCUACUGAGGAUACUACAACCUCCAUGGCCACCCCAGGAUACCCUCUCCCCAGGGUGGUGUGCCCCUGUCUCAUUCCUCCCCCAGCUUGGCCCUGGGCCUUGGUCUGUGGUGCUGCACUGUAUAACCUUGAGCCUGACUCCCCGGCAGGCAGGGUGUGAAUGGAGAUGGGGAUUACUGGUCUCUGCCCUCCUUCUAAGACGCUCCUCUCUCUCUCGCUCUCUCUCUCUCUCUCUCUCUCUCUCUCUCUCUCUCUCUCCCUUCUCCAUCUCUCUCUCCCUCUCUCUCCUCCUCUCUCUCUCUCUCUCUCUCUCUCUCUCUCUCUCUCUCUCUCUCUCUCUCUCUCUCUCUCACAGCCUAGAUCAAUAUACUGAUUAGAAUGGAAUCCCACAGUAAGAUAAACCUGCAGAUCGAGCGACACCCUAAUUUAUUGGCUUAGGAGAGACAGGAGUGUCUGUGUGUGUGUGUGUGGGGGGGGGGGGCACAAAGCCCCACACACUCACAGGGAGAUAGGGUUAGCCAGCGCUGCAUGCAUGAACAGCGUUUCCACUCGGUUUUGUGGUUUUUAGAAUUGACUUCUCCUCACCACCACAAAGUCAUAGCCAAGGUAACCAUCCCUGGUUGACAUACAUACAGCAGAUCACCAUCUACAACUGCCUCCCCAAGCAUCAUUAGUAUCUGGUAAUUGUUCGUUAAUUGCGCCUGUGUUUUUUCUAUAACAACUGUUAAUCAAACACAGAUAGAACCAUUGCUAAAAGAGGUUUUAGCAACGGCUUUCACACUGCUAUCCACGGUCAUGAUGGUCUGUGAUUCUGCUUCUUCAUUGCUAGCGGCAGGAGUGAGAGAGAGAAGAGAGAGGGAGAGAGAGAGAGAGAUACAGCACAAUGUCAGGCUGCUAUUUUUACAAGGCGUCCAUUGAGGCACACGUGAAGGGGCGAUGACAUACAUUCUAAUGUUGAAGGUUACUCUAAAACAGGCUAACAGGUUUUUUAUUCUCCUCGCUCCCUCCAUGGUCACAUGCACAGCUUUAUUUCCCUCUAUGUGUGACUAUAGUAAGUAAUACACCACUGAGAAGCUAUUCAACCAUUAUCUGUGUACUGCUUACCUGAACCUAUUCAGACAAACUUAGGAAAGAGACAGGUAGAGAGAGCCCAGUCAAGAUAGCCGUGACUGGUAUUCAGGUGGCUAAGUGUACCAGAGAAUUGUCCUGUGGUUUGGAUGGAUCUGAUGUACAUCCAGGGAUUCACAGCUCAAGUGUCAUUUCAUGUCUACUGUGGAUAUGGAUUCUCAAUAGCAUUUCUAUCAGACUCACACAAAGCUGAAAUAUAAGCAAUAUGAGCAAUCACAUUGCUGUUAGGAUAGGACACAGACUAGACCAGAAUUUCAGCAAUACUGUUAUUAGACUGAGAGAAAGAGAAAGAGAUGGAAGGACAGAGAAUGAGAUGGAAGGAGUUUGCAGAGAAUAUGAAAAUAGGCUGUGGAACAUAAGAGUAUAUGACUGAGAUAGGAUACAGUUCUGAUGAAAAUAGGCUGUGGAACAUCAGAGUAUAUGACUGAGAUUGGAUACAGUUCUGACGAAAAUAGGCUGUGGAACAUCAGAGUAUAUGACUGAGAUUGGAUACAGUUCUGAUGAAAAUAGGCUGUGGAACAUCAGAGUAUAUGACUGAGAUUGGAUACAGUUCUGACGAAAAUAGGCUGUGGAACAUCAGAGUAUGUGACUGAGAUUGGAUACAGUUCUGACGAAAAUAGGCUGUGGAACAUCAGAGUAUAUGACUGAGAUUGGAUACAGUUCUGACAAAAAUAGGCUGUGGAACAUCAGAGUAUAUGACUGAGAUUGGAUACAGUUCUGACGGAUAUAGAGGGAUUAACUUUAGUGAGUUAGACCCCUUCCCCUAUUUGUGUGUGUGUGUGUGUGUGUGUGUGUGUGUGUGUGUGUGUGUGUGUGUGUGUGUGUGUGUGUGUACACCCCAUCAUGCCAGAGGAGUGUUAUAAACUGCAAAAGGAAAUGAGACAGGAGGGAUUUGAGUGGUUAGAUAGAGAGCCUCCCUUUGCUGAACAAAGACUUUCUGAUAAUCUAUGUGAGUUGGAUUUUAGUUUAUUUUGUAGCAAUAAAGAAUACAAUUAUCCACUCUGAGGUCUUUGACCUUGGGAAGUGAAGAGAGGACAAUACAUUGCAUCAGCAGGCAAAGUUUGACUUUAUAGUUGGAAACUCAGUAUGCUAUUUCAAGUUUCAAGUUUCAAGUUUUUAAUGUCACCUGAACAGUGAAUUGCCUUUCUUGCAAGCUCUAAACUUAACAAUGUAGUAAUCAAUAACAAUGUAAUACUACAAAUAACAAGGUACAACAAAAACACACGAGAAAUAUAAAUAAGAAGAACAGGAGAAAGUAAGUCAGCAUACUAUAUACAGGAAAAGUCAGUUCCACUACCAUAUUUACAAUGUGCAGGGAUACUGGAGUGUUGGAGGUAGAUAUGUAUAGGGGUAAGGUGACUGGGUAUCAGGAUAUAUGAUAAACAGAGUAGCAGCAGUGUAUAUUAUGAUUGUAUGUGAGUGGGUGUGCGUGUGUGUAGAGUCAGGAUAAAUGUAUGUGCAUAUUAUGUGUGUGUGAGCAAAUUAUAAAGUGAGUGUUUGUGUGUGUGUUGGAGUGUCAGUGCGCGUGAGUGUGUAGGGAGGGCGCUGUGAGUGUGCAUAGAGACAGUGGAAAAAUAAAAUAAAACACAAGGGUCAACUCAGAUAGUCAGUGUAGCUAUUUAGUUAGCUAUUUAGCUAGCUAUUUAGCAGUCUUAUGGCUUGGGGAUAGAAGCUGUUCAGGAGCCUGUUGGUGUCAGACUUGAUGCACCGGUACCGCUUGCCGUACGGAAGCAGAGAGAACAGUUUAUGGCUUGACUGACAGGAGUCUUUAACCAUUUCCAGGCCUUCCUUUCACACUGCCUGAUAUAGAGGUCCUGGAUGGCAGGGAGCUCGGCCCCGAUGAUGUACUGGGCUGUCCGCAUCACCAUCAGUAGUGCCAUGCGCUCGCGGGCGGUGCUAUUGCCAUACCUAGCAGUGAUGGAGCCAGUCAAGAUGCUCUCAAUGGUACAGCUGUAUAACUUUUUGAGGAGUUGAGGGCCCAUGCCAAACAUUUUCAACCUCCUGAGGUGUGUGUGGACCAUUUUAAGUCCUUAGUGAUUUGGACACUGAGGCAUUUGAAGCUGGGUCUAGGGUGUCUGGGAUGAUGGAGUCGAUUUGUGCCAUAACCAGUCUCUCAAAGCACGUCAUGAUUACAGAUGUUAGUGCUGCAGGGUGGUAGUCAUUGUGGCAUGAAGCCUUAGAGUUCUUGGGAACAGGAAUGAUGGUAUCCCAGACAUGUCUGAGGUCAGCUACUAGAGCAGCCUGCCAGCUGUUCUUCGCAUACUCUUAGAACGCGCCAUAGAAUACCAUCAGGCCCCGCGGCCUUGUGGGUGUUGAGCUGAUUAAAGACCUUACUAACGUCGGCCUAAGAGAGCGAUGGUGGCGGCACUCACAGCCGGCACAAUGUUGUUAUUGACAAAACGUGCAUAAAAUGCAUGGAGUUCGUCUGGUAGAGAGGCAUCAUUGGGCAGAUCACGGCUGGGUCUUCCUUUGUAAUCCGCACUGGACUGUAGCCCCUGCCAAAUGCGUUGAGAGUCGGAGCCUGUGUAAUAUGAUUCCACUAUAUUCCUAUAUUGUCCUUUUGCUCGUUUGAUUACUCUGUGGAGGUCAUAGCAGGAUUUCUUAUAUUUUUUCCGGUCCUCAGCUGUAGCCUCAGGGUUUUCUGCAAUAUCCCUGUCUGCGGUAGCCCUGUCCUCUAGUUUAGCACCAACCUUGGUGUUAAUCCAGGGCUUUUGAUUGGGGAAGCAGCGAACCUUCACUGUGGGGACAACGUCGCAGAUGCAUUUCCUAAUGAAGCUGGUGACGGAGGUGGUUAGCUUGUUGAUUUUAUCGGCGAAGUCUCGAAACACAUUCCAAUCAGCGCUAGCAAAGCAGUCCUGUAGCAUAGUAUCUGAUUCUGGUGACCAUUUCUCAAUGGAGCGAGUCAUGGGUACUUCCUGUUUGAGCUUCUGCUUGUAAACAGGAAGCAGGUGUAUGGAGUCAUGAUCUGAUUUGCUGAAUGGCGGACGAGACAGGGCCUUGUAUGCUUGCUUGUGGGUAGAACAGUGGUCUAGGACUUUAUCGCCCCCUAGUGGCGAAGGAGACUCGUUGAUGGAAGUUGGGGAUUGCGUGUCUUAAUGACGCAGAAUUAAAAUCGCCGGUAACCAGAAAAGCAGGCUCCGGAUAUAAGUUUUCCUGCUUGUUUAUAGCCUUGUACACAUCAUUAUUGUUUCUCACUGAACAUUGCAAUAGACUGUAUGGGCCAAUUGCAAUCAUUGAAAGCCACCAGAUUAUUGCCAUUUUAUCUCUCGUUAAACCAUCAAUACACGCUAAAGUCACCCGCACAACUGAUCUCAAUUGCAACCAACAUUGGCCAGUGAUUUACUGCUCCCUAACGUCGAUGUCAAGGUUAUCUUUUAGUCUUGAUUGCAGCCAACAUUUUUCAAGACUAUUUCGCCCACUGGUUGGUAUUAUCAUCAGAACAACUUAGUCCUAGUUUAUGAGCAGACUAACGGCAAUUUAUCUAUUUGACAAUAAUUCUGUACAACUGAAAUAAAGUAUUUCCUCGUUUACCACUGCAAAUCUACUGUCUACUGUUUAACUGACAUGUUGUAUGAAUAGAAAACCUACGUUGAUGGUCUACCCUAAUAUUCUUAUACUCAAAUAAGUAUUUAUUUUUACAUUCAUUAGCCUUACAGUUUUCCGAUGCUACUGAUAGGUCGAUAUUUCAUUGGGGGCAGGAGUAGAGAAUCUAGACUGGUAUCAUAAUCACUUGACACGGUAACGGGAGAUCAACUGAUCUGAUGGUUUAUCCUUGUGGGUUUUCAUUGCAAUGAAGCUUAGUUUAGCCCACAGGUGCAUUUAAUCUCCCGUUAGUAGUGGUAACCUGUAGGAGCGUGUUAAGAUCUACCUGUUCAUUUCAAUCGAGCCUAAAGGUCUACAGAGAUUUACUGAGAGUUAGGUACUGAGCCACUGAUGUAAAAAAAAUCUGUAAUAUAAUAAUAUAAUUACUGUGUUACGAUCUGUCACGUAGAGUACUUCCAUAUGAAUCAUUAUCUGUAAUUUUCAAAGUGAAUAAGAAACAGAACAUUUCGUAACCUUAAAUUCAUCUUAAUUACACUUUUUCACUUUUUUACACAUACAAUUAACUUUUACUUAUAUACAGUUGAAGUCGGAAGUUUACAUACACUUAGGUUGGAGUCAUUAAAACUUGUUUUUUCAACCACCUGUGGAUGUAUUUCAAGGCCUACCUUCAAUCUCAGUGCCUUGUUGCUUGACAUCAUGGGAAAAUCAAAAGAAAUCAGCCAAGACCUCAGAAUUUAUGUUGUAGACCUCCACAAGUCUGGUUCAUCCUUGGGAGAAAUUUCCAAACGCCUGAAGGUACCACGUUCAUCUGUACAAACAAUAGUACGCAAGUAUAAACACCAUGGGCCAUGCAGCCGCCAUACCGCUCAGGAAGGAGACAUGUUCUGUCUCCUAGAGAUGAACAUACAAAUCAAUCCCAGAACAACAGCAAAGGACCUUGUGAAGAUGCUGGAGGAAACAGGUACAAAAGUAUCUAUAUCCACAGUAAAAUUAGUCCUAUAUCGACAUCGACAUACCUGAAAUACCGCUCAGCAAGGAAGAAGCCACUGCUCCAAAACCGCCAUAAAAAAGCCAGACUACGGUUUGCAACUGCACAUGGGGACAAAGAUCGUACUUUUUUGAGAAAUGUCCUCUGGUCUGAUGAAACAAAAAUAGAACUGUUUGGCCAUAAUAACCAUCGUUAUGUUUGGAGGAAAAAGGGGGAAGAUUGCAAGCCGAAGAACACCAUCCCAACCGUGAAGCACGGGGGUGGCAGCAUCAUGCUGUGGGGGUGCUUUGCUGCAGGAGGGACUGGUGCACUUCACAAAAUAGAUGGCAUCAUGAGGAAGGAAAAUUAUGUGGAUAUAUUGAAGCAACAUCUCAAGACAUCAGUCAGGAAGUUAAAGCUUGGUCGCAAAUGGGUCUUCCAAAUGGACAAUGACCCCAAGCAUACUUCCAAAGUUGUGGCAAAAUGGGUUAAGGACAACAAAGUCAAGGUAUUGGAGUGGCCAUCACAAAGCCCUAACCUCAAUCCUAUAGAAAAUGUGUGGGCAGAACUGAAAAAGCAUGUGUGAGCAAGGAGGCCUACAAACCUGACUCAGUUACACCAGCUCUGUCAGGAGGAAUGGGCCUAAAUUCACCCAACUUAUUGUGGGAAGCUUGUAGAAGGCUACCCGAAAUGUUUGACCCAAGUUAAACAAUUUAAAGGCAAUGCUACCAAAUACUAAUUGAGUGUAUAUAAACUUCUGACCCACUGGGAAUGUGAUGAACGAAAUAAAAGCUGAAAUAAAUAAUUCUCUCUACUAUUAUACUGACAUUUCACAUUCUUAAAAUAAAAUGGCUAAGGUGUAUGUAAACGUCCGACUUCAACUGUAUAUAUUAUGCCUUGCGGAAUGGGAAUAAGUGCAAACCUUUUACUGGAACAAAUGUUUGGCCAACCUGCCUCCUGGAUAGUAAGAGAUUAUGAUAAUUAUGUUGUUGUUUUGUUUCUUAAUCUCACCAGGGCGUGCUAACCACUGGUCGGCCAUCAUCGGAGCGUCCCACUCUAAGAACUAUGUGCUGUGGGAGUAUGGUGGCUACGCCAGCGAGGGCAUCAAGAAGGUGGCCGAGCUGGGAUCACCUGUCUCCAUGGAGGAAGAGAUCAGGCAGAAGGUAAGACUUGGCAUGGCCUUAUGUACAUACACCUGCUAUUGA